AGCUUGCAGCAGUUUUUGAACAAGGACCAGAGAAAAAUAACCCAUAUUUGUUCAAGAGGAAGAAUGAAACACAACAACACAACGUUCUUUCCACAUUUUUCUCAAUUUCCGCAAGGGACACUUUUUGAAAUUCAGGCAGGUGACCAUGGGACUGCCCUCAACCAGCACCCCUUCCCCCUUAUACUUUCCUGAUCCUGUAUUGUGGGUACUGCUGUUCAGAAUUUUAUGGGUGGCAAAUAUUGGCCUUCUACUCCUGAUUCUAGAUUCUCCAAAUCAGGAAUUAAAAUAAGGGAUAUCAAACUUGGAUCAGAUUUCAUCCAAUUGCGUGAUACUUUCAUUUGGAACGAGUUGCGCAUUGAACUUUAACCCCAGGUGUAAGGCCUGGGUACUAGCUAGUUAGAACGCCGCCAUUUUGGAUCGAAAGAAUAUGGCUACGUAGCUCUGACAAUUUUGGAUUGAAGUUCAUGUGAUGUCUGCUCCACCAAAACCUUGGGAAGGGGUAGGAAUAAAUGCAAGGUCGGCUUCUCUCUCGUUUGAUUCGCCAUCUCGGCUUCCAAUAGGGGCUGGCGGCCCGAAACCGAAUGCUCUUCGUAGCUGUAGUAAUCCCAGCGAAAUGGAUGCCUCCAACAAUUCUGGCUCAAAACCACCUCCUUUGCCGCCAAGACCUCAGGCACAGAGAUCAACUGGUGGAUAUAUGUAUGGAGGCCCAGGAUAUGGUACUGGUGGGAGUAUGUAUGGUGGAUAUAGUGGCAUGUAUGGAGGUGGACUUGGAGGCUAUGGUAUGUAUGGCGGAGGCUAUGGAGGUUACGGUAGCUAUGGUGGGUAUGGAAUGGGCAUGAACCGAUUUGGCAGUCCUUUGAACCAAUCAGGAGCAAGCUCAUUUGUUGGGCAAGCUGAAGAGACCAGUCGAGCAGCAUUUCAAUCAAUUGAAUCAAUUGUCCACGCCUUUGGAUCUGUGGCUAUGAUGCUUGAAUCCACACACUUUGCCAUGCGUAAUACAUUUCUUGCCGUUUUGAGUAUGGCGGAUCAUUUUAGUAGACUUCGAGCUCAUUUGGUCAGUGCACUUGGUGCUUUUACUUUGUUCAAGGCAUUAAGAUAUGUCUUCAGAAAGAUUCGGGCUUUAUUGGGUUUUGCACCAAACCAAGCACUAGAAGAAGAACUGUGGAAAAGUGCAACAACAGCUGUUGUUUCAGCUAGUGAAGGAGGUGAUUCUAAGAAGCCAAGAUCAUGGCCUAUUUUGCUAUUUUUUGCCGUUGUCCUUGGAACUCCACUGAUCAUAUGGAAACUGCUGCAAUCACUGUUAAAUGAUGAGAGUAUUGUGAAGGACUGGAAGACAGGAGAAGGAGAUCAUGUUAUUGCAAGAGCAGAAUAUGACUUUGACGGUGAGGGAGAGGAAGAAUUGUCAUUCCGUGCUGGUGACAUUCUUCGACUAGCACCCAAAGGGAAACAGCCUCGCAUCAGGGGAUGGCUUCUGGGAACAGUUGACGGCAUUAGUGAAGGUGUUGUUCCAGCUAAUUACGUCAAGAUUUUGGGUCUUCGUCGUGGGAAGAAGGAAUCAAAAGACAUAAAGAAAGGAAGCCAAAAAGAAUCACAGACAUCACAAACAGCACAAAGAAGGAAAUCUCAAACCAACAUGGAUCAGGAAUUUGACAAGAUCAUGGAAAAGACAGAUGAGGACAGUUUGUUACAAUCUCAGAACUUACUUCCUGAAGAUUCGUUAAGUGAAAGAACUCUUGCAGACGAUGACCUUUCAGAUUCUGGUUUACCUAACUUUAAUGAAGAACAAACUUAAUACUGUUGGAUUCAGUGGUUUAGAUGACCAAUUAGAUACUAGUGACGUCUUUUAGAACUCAACCAUCCAGCUGAUUGUAGAGAUAUGUGAAGCAUAAUGUUUUGCUGUGGCAACCUUUGGCAGCAAAGUUUGACAGCUAAAUUCUUUUCUUAGCUAGUUGCAUCAUACUACAGAAAUUAUACUUGACUACUGGCUUUAAGAAGCCUCCGAUUCUCAGGAUUGGGAUCAACAGACACCCUUCUUACUUAGAAUAUUUUGCCCAGACUGUCUGCUUAUCAUGGAUAGGUGUGGGGGGACAUCAUUUAAAAUGCCAGGCCCUAGUUGCUUAAAAGGAGGAUUAUGCUAUCCACAUGAUAAAUCACUAUCAGUGGAUAGCAUAGUUUGUUUUGUCAACACUUUGAAUAACCGGGGCCAGGUGUUUAAAACUGUAGCAUCAGCAGUUGAUAGUACCUGACUAACUUCAAGUACGGUCAAGAAUAGUUUUAUUCUGGUUUUGUAUUAGUACAAUGCACUUAGUCUAAUAAACUGUAGUAUCACUGAAUUAAAAAAAAUCACAUGAGUAUUUUAGGGGUAGGAACAAAAGUGCACAAUUUAUAAUAAUAGUGAUCUGAUCACAGUU